GGCGGCAGCGGCGCCGGCGCGGCCAAGGAGGAGGAGGAGGCGGCAGCGGAGGAGGAGAGGGAGGAGGCAGAGGAGGAGGAGGAGCGGCGGCGGGGACUGGUGUGGGGAUGGCGGAGAUACCGCCCGGGCCUAGCAGCCUCCUCCCUCCGCCGCCACCGCCACCGGCCGCGGCAGAGCCCUGCUGCCCCUUCUCCGCGGGGGCCGUCCCGAUCUGCUGCAGCGAGGACGAAGAGGACGACGAGGAGCAUCGAAGAGGAGGAGAGGGAGGCAGCGGCAGCGUUAGGGGCCGGGGCCGGAGCCCGUCCAGCGAGGCGGCUGCCUCCAAGGGGCAUCAGCGUCUCCAUUGCCCGAAGACACCGGCGUCGUCGCUGCCUCCGCCAGCACAGCAGCCGCAGGAGCAGCAGCAACUCAAUGGGUUGAUCAGCCCCGAGUUGAGACACCUUCGAGCAGCCGCCUCCCUUAAGAGCAAGAUCGUGGGCGCAGCCGACACGAUUUCGGGCCCCGCCGCCGACGGGAAUCAGAGAGCGAUUGCAACCAAAAGAUCUGGGCAGCCCCCCAAUGAGAGACCCCCUCACACUCUCCCUAAUAAUGCAAGAACUGCGCCCCCAAACCCUGCAGCACCGGCGGCGGCUGUAACAGCAGCAGCAAGCGGCCUGGCGUCGGCCCGCAAUGGACUGGCUGGAGGGACUGAGCAGGAGGAGGAGGAGGAAGAUGAAUCGCUGCUGCUGCUCUCCUCGUCCCUGACAGCUGUCUGCAGCUUAACAACCUCCUCUGACAGGGAGGCAGAACCUGAGGAGGAUCGGACGAUACGAUAUGUCCGAUAUGAAUCCGAGCUACAAAUGCCCGAUAUCAUGAGACUGAUCACCAAAGAUCUGUCUGAACCCUACUCCAUUUAUACCUAUAGAUAUUUUAUCCACAACUGGCCACAGCUAUGCUUCUUGGCCGUGGUAGGGGAAGAGUGUGUAGGUGCCAUCGUUUGCAAGUUGGAUAUGCACAAAAAGAUGUUCCGCAGAGGUUAUAUAGCCAUGUUAGCAGUGGAUUCCAAAUACAGGAGAAAUGGCAUUGGUACUAACUUGGUUAAGAAAGCUAUUUAUGCCAUGGUUGAAGGAGACUGUGAUGAGGUUGUCUUGGAAACCGAAAUUACAAAUAAAUCUGCUUUGAAACUUUAUGAAAAUCUUGGUUUUGUGCGAGAUAAAAGGCUGUUCAGAUACUAUUUAAAUGGAGUUGAUGCACUGCGUCUUAAACUAUGGCUGCGUUAAAAGAAACUAUCACAUGAAGGAACAACUUCCAACAGCGCACAGUCGGCCUUUGCAUGCAAUGCAAUUUGUACAGAAUUGCUUUGCAGGUGGAUUUCAUAAUUUCCAUGCAGCUCUUACCUGUCAGUGUCUCAUUGAGUGUCGCACAUAUUUGUUGCACUAUGGCAUGGCACAUUUGUUCUGAAUUAAAAGAUUGUUUCAAACUUCGAGUUUUUUUGGUACCAGCAAGAUGUGCCAGUUGCUAGCCAAGAUUGUUUGUUCAUUUGCAAGUCUACUGACAACAUUAUAUACACAGUGAACAUUUUAUCACAGAACCUGUAUGUGGAACAUAAUUUUUGUUCCUGAAAAAAGCCAAUUUAGAUUGUAAAAUUCUCUAAGUAUACUAACAUUUCAUACAAAACUUGCCAUAGUUUUCUGGGGAGGGGGGGAAAGCUUCAAUUUUAGGUUUUAUUUUUCAAUAUUGAAUUUUCCAUUUUUGAAUAUUGGUACCUCAGUGAUUAGUGAAUGAAAAAAGUGUAUUGUAGGGUGGGGUGUGUGUUACAACAAGUAACAGUAACAAUUAAAUUGCGUCUCCCAGUGCCUGUAUAAAUAAGUAUAUUUGUCUUCAUCUCUAAUUUUUUAGUGCAUGCUUUCUUUUUAUUUCCUUUUAAAAUGUCUUUGCAAGAAAACUGCUUUUAUUUAAAUUCUGAAUUUGAUAAUAAAUUAUUUCAGAUUUUAUAAUUUGGAUACUUUUCCCAGGCAAGAGACAGAGCUAUUCUUAUACAUCAAAAAAUAGAAGCUGUUUGGAAAAUUCUCUAGUAGUUGCUUUAAAAAAAAAAAAAGGGUGAAGGGUGGGGUGGGAGGGGGAGGUGUAGGUGAAGGGUUGGGAACUUGAAGGCUCCAGUACAUUGCUGGGUUUGGAUGCACUUUUUCUUUUUGAUAGGGAUUUUUGGACAGGAAUAGAAAAUUAAUGUAAAUGGGUAUGAUUUUAUUUAAUCAAAAUUAUUGCUAUUAGCUGUGAAAAACAGCUUUUAUAAAGCAGUUGGAACUUUUUUUUCACUUGAUUUGGAUUCAGAUUGCUUCAGUGUUCUAAAAUGCUUUGAUUUUCAGUUCUUGGUCUUGGAAAUAAAUUUCAAGGUGUAGUUUAUAUCAGCUGCUUUUUUCCCCCUCUAAACUAUGUGAGCAAGUUCUAGGGGAGAAUGUUUCUAUUCUUCCCCUCCCCCUCCAAAAAAAAGGGAGAAGAGUAUACAUUUUUUUUUUAACAAGUUACUUGGGUUUUGUCAAAAAAAAAAAAAAAACCAUCAAUCAUGGUGAUUGAUCACCAUGUGAUCCACCAAUCAUCAUUGGUUACGUUGUAUUUCGCUAACUUGUCAAUUGGCAUGAUAUAACAGCUUGUUAAAAUAAAUUUGUUUUUCAAUUUUAGGAAUAAACUAAUGUUGGUUUAUUCCUAUAACUGGAAAACCCAAGUAUCCUUGGAAAGGGAUGCUCUCAUUGAAGAAUGUUCUGUAGAAAACAUACUUUUUUCAAAAUUCAGAUUUGCCUUACUAUAUUUGUACUGUUAGGAUUUGGUUUUAAUUUAAUUUUUUUCUUAUCACUAUAAUUACUGUACAUUAAAAAAAAACCCUACCUCCAUUAAUAUUUGAAAAAGUUCCACUUUCAGGAAAAAACUAAUUUUUUUUAAAGGAAAGUUACUCUUUGCUCAGUAGAGUGUAUUUGAAGGGAAUAAGCACUUUCAAAUGAAAAUUUCAAUUUAUAUAAAUAUAUAUGGUGAAAAAAAUUCUGGUGGGAUCAUUUGUGUUGGUUUUAAAGAGAUUUUGUUAAAAGUGUUCAGUCCUAUUAGGCUUUAUACACAGAACAAUAAGUACAUUAAAAAAAAUAGGAUUGGUGUUGGUGAAUCCAUAUAACACUGAGGGUGACAACCUUUAGAGCAGACGGUUUUUUUAAAGCUAGUCAGUUUUCUUUUAAAUUCUGGCAUUUGAUGAUAAGAGUACCAAUCAUAGUGGUACUUUGUAUGCUUUAAGGGAAGUUGAACUGAAACAAUAGAUUGAUUGCACAAAAGUCCUUAAACAUAGUUUAGUUGAUGGUUCAGAGGUGAAUGCUGUAAUAAGCUAAUGAAUACUCAGUGUGAUUAGACCAGUCACACACAGUUGUAAAGAAGGCAAGAUGUUAUACACAAAUCAGACUAGCAUUGCCUUGUCAGACCAGUAAAAUAACGAAUAUAAAUAUUUUUUCCUUUCAGAUUGACCAGUUUCACUGAAUUGACUGAAUUGAUUGUUGGUAUUUUGUAGACAAAGCCUUAAUUAAAUGACUGGGUUAGAAAGUCACAUGAUUAUACAAUUAUUUAACCUAUUCCAUACAUGUUACACUUUUUUUACUGGACAGAAAAAUUAUUUUGCCCAAUUGAAACUAUUGAACCAUAACAACCCACUAUCAAAAAUUGAUUAGCAUUUAAAAUGAAAUUUUUAAAAAUAAAUUAAUAUUUCCCCCAUGAUUUUUUAAUAUUAGAUAUCCAUCAUUUUAAGGCACUGGACUUAAAUUUGAAUGUAAUUAUAGUAUCAUUAAGUUUGUAAAUAACAUUGAAAACCACAUAGCUAAAACUGAGCAAAAUGGGUACAACUUUCUUUUAAAAGAGUGUUGCCUAUUAAAAGAUUGAUAGUUUGACAGUCUAUACUUAAUGUAGUUUCAUCACGGACUAUAAAGAAGCUGUACAUAUUAGUAUUAAAGAAGCUAGUGGGUAUGUACUUAAUGUGAGAUCUAAUCAUCUUGCAUUACAUACUCAUAAGGUCCCAAUUCAGAAAACAUUGCAGUAGUAUUUCAGGUUAAAACUAGCAACAACAAAUUGUUAAUUUGCUUUUUAAAAUUUUGUUUAAGGAUUUCCCUCUUUUUUUUUCUCCCCAACAAUCUCCCCAUUUGCUUGACAGGUCUACACAAAGGAGUUUGUCUUUGUCACUUAGGUUUUAACUUAGCACUGUAUGCUGGCAUUGGCUUGAUGUGUAAGUCUGGAUAUGUGUAUCACAGUGCUCCCAAAUCAUGAAAUUCCUCAUUUUCCAGUAGUGGAGACAUAAUCUAAUUGGCAUAGUGCAUCAAAAUUAUUUUUCAUUGCACCAUGACAUCAGUACAAUUGAGUGCUAUAAUGUUACAGGGCUGUCAGGUUUGUAAAAACAUAACCAUAAAUUACAUUGGAGUUGGAUAUGAGUGGGGUAUCUAUAAAAUAUCACGUGUAUUUCAAAAAUAUUGAACUGCUGUUUGAUUAUAAUGCUGCAUUAUUUUCUUCUGUUCCUUAUCCUUUGGAGAAAGGGAUUAUAAUGAAGUUUGAAAUGUGCAAGCUGUCUAAACAAGAUGCAGUCAAAUAAAACAUGGUUAAGUUGUGUUUGCAUUUUUCUUUUAAA